GCGAGACGCAUGCGCCUUUUCUACAGAACGCUCGUUAUUCAUGGUCACUCGUGGUUGUGUUCUCUGGAAGCUUCGAACGCAUAUCGUCCAGUGAUCGUUGCAUGAAUCAUCAUGCGAGAGUGAGAGAAACGGAGAAAGGUAGGCUGGAUACCAAGUGCGGAAAGAACACUUAAGAGACAUUGCGCAAUCGCCUGUUAACGUUUAUAUUAAUUAAUUAAUUAUAUACGGACAUAUAAAAUUGCCUUCGCGCGACCGGCGAUCUUCUACUUUUCGUCGCGUACUUCGCCUUGGACCACGUGCUUUCGCGUGUCGUGCAUUUCGGAAAUAUCGUUUCGGCGAGCAUCAAAAUUUGUAGUAAUCGCAUCUCACGAGUGAACAAAAUCCGUUAGAGACACGUCAAAAAUAUCGAUCGGAAAAUAACGUAUCGAUUUGACCUUCGUCCGAUAUGAACGAAACAAACAAGAUAAGUAUUUGUAUUCGCCUGCGGAGCGAAUGGUGACAGUUUUUGUCGGAUAAUGCGAGAGGAUAGAGAACACUUCGAGAAAUUAAACGUUAUUUGAGAAAUAUAGACAGAGUGAUAUCUUUCGUCCGCGCUCGUUGAUCGUUAAGUGAUACAAGAUGUGCGAAAUAGAUGACUUGGAAAUGCCGUAUCUGCGGGCGAUUCAAGCGGUACCGGGCAAUACUGCCAGUGAGAAGCUAAGGUGGAUCGGAAGAUUAACUUCGAACUCGGCCAGCGGAGAUUCCGAACAACUUCCACAGGAAUUGCUGCCUCUACUGAAGGUGGAAAUCGCGGUCAAGGAGAAGAAGCACGAUGAUAUAACGAUCGCUCUUAAAUCCGAGGAUUGGAUGAUCGUGAAUCGUGCUUUUAAGGCUACCUGGUUCUUCGAUGGCAGUCACAAGGAUACGAUCAAUGCCCAUUACUUCUGCGAUUAUAUCCUUCCUGAUGUCUCUAUGAAUACGAGGGUACGUAUCAUAAAUACUCUCGCAAAUAAAUUAACUGAUCCGGAGUUAGCGAAACAAUUAUUCACGAAGGUAGCGUCUAUUUACGGUUUUUCUAACGCAUAUCCAUUGAUCUUGGCUUGCGACGAGGAAUUCGCUUAUGAAACGAUCCAGCAGCGGAAAUUCGUGCUGUCAGUUGGAACUGCUAAAAAGUUUUUCCGUAAGAAUCCUGAUCUUAUUGUGCGUUAUCUUAAACUAUUGAAACCCGUAAAGAUGACCGAACGCGCUCCUUUCCCGGUAAAUAUUAAUAAAUACAAGUCUUUGUUGCCUAAAUUAGUGAAAAAGCGUCUGGAAGCUUUCGUAGAACUGUUCGAGAUGCAUGAAAAGAAUCCACCAAAAUUUAUUUUAAGCAACACAUGCACCGAAAUAUUCUUGAAAAAAGGACAGCAGUACUUGAAUAAAAAGCCGUAUUUGUACAUCAAUAUCUUACCGCUCAAGAAGAUCAACGAAGAAAUCAUGGAAAAUAUAUUUGAAGGUCUAUUACCCGUGAAAAGUUCUUGUUUUGAAAUGGAUAAAAUUCUCAAAUAUUUACAGCAUUAUCCAAAAAAUAAAAGAUACAAUCUGCUUCGUCAAUGUUACACAGCAAAAUAUAAUGCUGAACUUCUCGACGAAGACGAAAAUAUAACGCCCGCGUUGUUGCAAAUAUUACCUGCCGAAGAACGAAUUAAGCAAGCCAGAAUUCUGCUCGAGAAAAAGAAAUUGGAAGAAACACAAUACGAUACAAUGGAUUAUGAGAGAGCAUGGAUCUGUUAUUUACCUGUUAACGAAGCGAUACCGAUUAUUAAGGAAAAAAUAAAUAAAACUUCCAUUGAUCUAAAUCGAGCUAAUCUUAUUUGUCAAAUGUUAUACGCUUGCAAAGUCAAUGAGGAUGACGAUGCGUUAAUUGAUACCUUAACAUACUUCAAAAACAGACACAAAAAUGAGGAAAAUUGGAUAUACGAUCGAAUAAUGGAGCACUUUUCGAUGCUCUAUGAUAUACCUCAUUUAAAUGCAAAACAAAUUUCUCUUCUGUUCGAUAUCGUACAAUUGUUUUAUGUAAAAAGCGGAUAUGUAGCGGAAGGGAUAGUUAAGGCUAUCAUACAUUACAGAUUCAUUCACGAUAUGCCAAUUGACGAUUUAAUUCGCAUGUUGCUAGAGAUAAAUGAUAAAUGGUCCAUAAACUUUAAUAUAUUCAAGGAACAUCCACAGUACAACAGGAAGUGCCUUGUAACUUUCGCAAAUAUUAUGCAAGAAAAAUUUUCCGAAGAAAAUUCGAAUAUAUUUGAUGAAAAAAACCAGUACACCGUAUGCCGUUUCAGCAUAGCAAUGUAUGACUUCAACAAGAUAUGCAAAAAAUCACACCUCAAGAUAGAGCAUAUGAAGAUUAAAGACUACCCUUGGAUGUUGGGUAUUAUAAAACUAUCCGAUAACUCAGCUACGAAAAUGGUUCUAAAGACAUUGAAGAAGGAAGAACCGGAAUUGUAUCGCAACAUCGGACGCCUUACAGAAAGCAUCACGGAUUUAUUAACGUCAGGAGAAGCGCUCGCUGAAUUGAAGCGAGGUUCACAAGAUAUACUGUUUAAUUUGGACGGAUAUUUUAAGGCUUGCAAGAAGACACAUUACAAUAAUGAAGUGCGACGUUUUAUCAGAGCCAUGCGCUGGUACCAGGACAUACCCAUUAAUUUUAUCGAGCGUUGCAUGUCUUUUUUGCGUGAGAUGAAAAACAAACAAUACUUGGAGUAUGGCAAAACCGAUAUCUUGCCUAUCUUGACUAUCUUGGCAUUACUACUUCAUGGUAACACGUUGACAAAACUAGUGGCAUCCCUCAUACCUGCGAAAACAACGAUUGAUGCCACGGAUUCGAAAUCUAGAGAAAAUUAUGAACUCGUGCGUCAUUUAUCAGUCAUCAUGAAACUUUCCAAUCCGCCAGUACCUCCCGAACAGGUAGCGAAAUUAUGCGAAGGAGAUUACUUAUCGAUAGCGCUGAGGGCGCUGACAAAUGUGAGCAGACGAUCUUGUUUGCCAAAAGUGUUGUUAUUCGCGCACAAGUUGUAUGAUAUGCGCGUUGGCGCGCGAAAGCACGGGGUCAGGUUGAUGUAUCAAAUAGCUCCCAUAACCGAACUUACCGUAUUUCUGAAACAGAUGUGGAACAUCGAGAGUCAUCACUCGAUACGAGAAGUUAUAUUCAACAUGGUGCAGAAACUCUUCUGCGCGGAACCAAAUCCAGACAAUUGGUUUCUAUAUUGCUCAGUUAUACACACGAUGCAACUCAAAGAUGAACCAUUGCUUUUGCAAAUCAAACUUUUUCCCAGCAUUCCUGAUCAAUACGUCGAGAAAUACCUUAAAAUAUGGCUCGAAACGAUAAAUGAUUUUGAAUUAAAAUCAAAUGCCGAGGAGACGAAUAAAUACUUAAUCAAUUUUCUUCAAGAAAUAACCAUGCCUGUUUGCAAUCUCCUAUCCGAAAAUUUCGCCCAAAAUAUAAUAACGAAAUAUUUAUUUGACAUCAACGCUGAUUUAUCUACGGCUGCAAGAAAUUUCUCGAUGUUAUAUCUUUUCCCAGCGGAUGAGAAUAAAUUUAAAGAUCGUAGCAAGAAAUUCGUCCAUACCUUCCAUUCCAUGAUAAAAAUAUACUGGAACAAGACUCAUCCUAAAAAAUUACGUUUUUAUCCAUACAAUAACAUCGUGCAUCUAUUUAUGGAGAAUUUCGUCAUUGUCUAUGCCAAAAAAGUUUGCCUAAAUAAAUCUACCAAUACGCAAUUCAUCGAUGAUAUGCUCAAAUUAUAUUCAUCCGUCUUGAUACCCACGCAGGACGCGAGGUCUUAUCUGCUGUUAACAUAUGCGAAAAAACUUCAAGAAUGUAUUUCAACUAAUAAAUGUUUCGGUCUGCAAAUUGGUCAAUACGUAUUGAAAUUGGUCAAGAUUUUCUCGUCGUCAUUAGUGCAGUUCAUGGCCAAGAUUCUCGAGCACUUUCUAAAUCGUGUAUUUAAAGAUCACAACAACUUGGAAGAACUUAAAUUUAAUGUUAUAGAAGGCCUUAUUAAAGCUGAUAACAUACAUUCCUGUUUCAUGGCUGUGAUAAUGUUAUCGCCAGUGACUCUGAAGAAUCUUGGGACAAGAUACGAUGAACUUAUCACAAAAUUCCGAGAAAUGGAAAAUCCUGCUAUCACUAGCAUUUUAAAUGACCAUUUAAAUAUGUUGGACUUUCAAAGUGUCAUAUCCGAUUAAAUCCGAUUAAAUCGAUCGAACAAACAGAAUAUUGAAUGUAUCGAAUGAAUUUUACGUGAUUGGUUCCGCGAUAGUAUUUUGUAAGAAUAAAUAGUGAUACUCUUUAUUAUAAAAUUGAUAAUUUGAUUGCAUGCAUUUUUAUAUUAAAUUGUUCCUGCGCAAAAUUUUUCUCUUCGACACAUAUACACGCAUAUAAACGCAU